CUCACGAGCUCGCUGUCGCUGUCCCCGCAGUGCCCCUGCUGUCCCACCGAUGUCCCCGCUGUCCCUGUCCCAGCGCGGUCCCCGUGUCCCCGCAGUGACCCCCUGUGACACCCCCUGUCCCCUCAGCAGAUCCUGAGCACGGUGGAGGCCCAGGCUCCCAGCGCCGCGGGGCCAUCGGGCUGCGGUGGCCCUGUCCCCGUCCCUGUCCCGGUGGUGGCCGUGCCGGGCCCGGGGGUGGCGGCGGCGCUGCCCAACGGGGCCCCCCCGGGUCCCCCCCCCGUGAGCGAUGACAGCAAAACCAACCUGAUCGUCAACUACCUGCCGCAGUCCAUGAGCCAGGAGGAGCUGCGGAGCCUCUUCGGCAGCCUCGGGGACAUCGAGUCCUGCAAGCUCGUCCGGGACAAGGUCACCGGUACAGGACAAAGCCUGGGCUACGGCUUCGUCAACUACGUGGAGGCCGGGGACGCCGACAGGGCCAUCGGGGCCCUCAACGGCCUCAAGCUGCAGACCAAGACCAUCAAGGUGUCCUACGCCCGGCCCAGCUCCGCCUCCAUCCGCGAUGCCAACCUGUACGUGAGCGGGCUGCCCAAGGCCAUGGGGCAGAAGGAGAUGGAGCAGCUCUUCUCCCAGUACGGCCGCAUCAUCACCUCCCGCAUCCUCGUGGACCAGGUCACAGGUGUGUCCCGGGGGGUGGGCUUCAUCCGCUUCGACAAGCGCGUGGAGGCCGAGGAGGCCGUGCGGGGGCUGCACGGGCAGAAGCCCCUCGGGGCGGCGGAGCCCAUCACGGUGAAAUUUGCCAACACCCCCGGGCAGAAAUCGGGGGGGGCCCUGCUGAGCCUGUGCCCCGGGGCCCGGCGCUACGGGGCCCUGCACCCCCCCCCGCAGCGCUUCCGACUGGACAAUUUGCUGAACGUGGCGUACGGGGUGAAGAGCCCGCUGUCGCUGCUGCCCAGGUUCUCCCCGCUGGCCAUCGAGGCGGUGCCGGCGCUGGCCGGGGUGGGCCUGGGGACCCCCGGGCCCGGCUGGUGCAUCUUCGUCUACAACCUGGCUCCGGAGGCGGACGAGAGCGUCCUGUGGCAGCUCUUCGGGCCCUUCGGCGCCGUCACCAACGUCAAGGUCAUCCGGGACUUCGCCACCAACAAGUGCAAAGGCUUCGGCUUCGUCACCAUGACCAACUACGAGGAGGCGGCCAUGGCCAUCGCCAGCCUCAACGGCUACCGCCUGGGCGACCGCGUGCUCCAGGUGUCCUUCAAGACCACCAAGCAGCACAAGGCCUGAGGGGCUGUCCCCGCUGGCGGGCGCGGGGGUCUCCUGUCCCCGCCGCGGGGUCGUGGGGACCACGGGGAAACUCGGCUGGAGGGCCUUGGGGACCCCCCUCCGUGGGCGCCAUGGGAAGCGUGGAGAAAGCCACCUUGGGGACCUUCGGGGACCUUCGGGGGACCCCCACGGGCACCAUGGGGAACACGGAGAAACUCAGCCGGAGACCUCGGGGGCCCCCCGUGAGCGCCACACACCUCCUGGAGACCUCGGGGACCCCCUCCAUGGGCACCACGGGGACCGUGGAGAAACCCACACCAAGACCUGGAGACCUCGGGGACCCCCUCCAUGGGCACCAGGGACACCAUGGAGAAACCCGGCUCUAGGUCCUGGGCACCCCCUCCACGGACACCAAGGACAUCCUGGGUCUCCAGGAUGGAGAAACACACCUGGAGACCUCGGAGAGACCACGGGGACACCACGGAGACCCCCGGAGACCCCCGCCACGGCCACUGAGGACGCCUGACGCACAGCCUGGACACCCGGACACCGACGGGCACCCUGAGGACUCCUCCAGGUGCUCCAGGGCACUGGGAGGGGCCCUGGAAAGCCUGGAGACCCCCCCCAGGACACAGUGGACACACCUGGGAGCCCCCCCAGGUACCCCGAACCUCACCACUCUGGCAGUGGCCGGACCACCUGGAGCGGUGCCCCCCUUCACCUGAUCCAGGUGUGUCCAGGUGGGGGCUGUGCCCCCCCUUCCCUCCACUCCAGGACUCCGGGGGAGGGAGAGGGGGAUUCUGCUCGCUCUCUCCUUCUUCCCAUGUUUUUUCCUUAAAUUUUUUGGGGGAGGGGGAGGAAUUUUUGGGGAGGAAGAACAAAAACAAGGAUUAAUCGCAUUUUUAAUUAGACGAGUUACCCGUUAUCAGGUAAGGAGGAGCGUGACUGACGCAGGGAGUGGUGAGCCGCAGACCCAAAUCCAUCUAUUUUUAUAGCAGAAUAUUUAAAAAUAUCCCCAAAAAGUCCCCAAAAUCGCCUUUCCAGAGGGGGUGAGAACCUGUUUUGCGCUCCCUAAGUUCCGUGGAAGCAGCUUGUGAACCCCAAGUGUGACCAAGGCAAGUUUUGGGGGGUCAACGGCACUCAGAUUCCAGGGACUCCUCUGGUGCCCCCAAAAACUGGGAGGGAGGGGAUGUGGCUUCUCACACUUCCCCCCCUUCCCCUUCCCAGAUUCUCCAAAAUGGGCAUUUUUUGCCCCAAAUUACUCCACUUGCUGGAGUUUUGCCACUUAGAGCCUCCUGUCCAAAAAAAAAAAGGGCGGAACCCCACCUCAAAACCCCCAACCCUGAGUUCCCCCAUCCUCCUUAUCGUUGUUAUUAUUCUUAAUUAUUCUUAAUUAUUAUUAUUAAUUAUUAUUGUUGUUGUUGUUAUUAUUAUUAUUAUUGCGAUUCUUAUUUAUUUUCCCUUUGCUGUUGGGAUAAUUUCUCACUUUUCAGUGGUUUAUUUCCCAUUUAUUUCCUAUUCUUCCCUGGCUUUUCCCCAGUCCUGGUACUCCCCCAGGACCCUCAUUUUUCCCCCGCAGACCCUUCCCCAAACCCACCCUGGCUCCUGGUUUUUUUGUGUCGUGCCUGUGUGAAGCUUCUUGUAGUUUUAAUUAUUAUUAAUAUAAGUAUUUAGGAGCGACCCCCGUGUCCAGAUCCGCCAUCACACCCCCACAAACUCCGACCCCCACCCCCUCUUCCAGGGAUCCAGCCCUGGAAUUUGGGGGGCCAGGGGACCCCCAAUUCAGUAGCAAUAAGGGGUCCCCACCUCAGCCCCGGCCCAUUUUUGAGGGGCCCAACGCGGGGACAAUACGUGCCCAGGGACCCCCCUGUGGCACUGCGGGACCCCUCGGAGGGGACCGGGACCCCCCUGGCCCCCACACCCCGGACUCGACUCUUUGUAUUUUUCAUGGAAAAAUAAUUAAAAA